AUGGUUCACUAUAUCGCCGCGCUUGUUUCAUCAAAGGAAGUCAACCUUCCAGAUGACAUGAUUACCCUGGCAGAGUUGUCUGCACUACCAGUUGCUGUGGUUCCUGUCGUCUGGUUUCAGCUAGAUGAAGAUUCCUCCUGCGGAGGUGAGGGGUACGAGGAGGCCUCGGAUGAUUGCCAGGGAGCUCAGUUCGUAUUCAAAAUGUUAUUAAAAGGAAUUCACUAA